ACACUAGUCGCUGGCUCACUGUUAGAAAGUCUUUCGCCGAUUGGCGACGAUAUUCAGUUAAAGUCUGGUAGAAAAUUGGUGUAAAAUGUCUUUAGCUACAUAUGCGAUAUUUUUGUAAAUGAGUGAACUACCACCCGACGAGGUUAGGCGUCGCCGCCUGGCUAGGUUGAACCAAGGUACCAUGUCAUCAUCCCAUCCUCCAUCUGACAGUCACUCUAUUCCUGUAAGGACAAGCUUAAAACCCUUGGCAGAAGGUUCUGCAGUGAGCACUCAGGACAGUGGUUAUGGCUCUUUAUCACAAUCUUUCGAGUUUGAUGAACAAUCACAGGACACUGGUGAUAAAUGUGGCAAGCGCACCUCCCCAACUUGUUCUUCUUCUCCUUCAGAGAAUUUUAAAUUCAAGAGGACGAGAGAUGGAUUUGACAAAGAUGACACUUCUCAUGUUAAGAUGAGUAGUGUGACUGAUGAACAUAUUGUAAAAAGUAUUUGCAGUAUAUUUAAAGUUUCCUUUAAGAGCUCAGAGGUUUCCUGUGACACAGUUUACUUACCAACACUAGCUGAGGAUCUUAGUCAAGUUGAUCUAAGCUCAGGAACUGUUUGUAAUGUCAUAAACCAAGUGAUCAUGGAGCGUCUAACCCAGUUUCGUGCACAUCAAGAUGGAAUGAGUGUUAGUCCUACACUUACAAUUGCGCAGGAAACCUCGCAAAUGGCUAUUGAUGAUAACUUAACUGACUGCAGGUCAACUGAAUGUAUCAGUUUAUUAGGGGAGGGCAGAGCCAAUCCUUCACCACCAAACUGUGUAAAAGAGUCAACCACUGUGUAUCAGUCCAAGCUGCUUAAAUAUUUGGUUAAUAGCUAUAAUUGCUCACUGAAUGAAGAAAAAAACUAUCCCAAGAGAUCCCAGGAGGAAAGAUGGAUAACGUUGUUAACUCAGGCUCGUCGCCAGUGUGUGUUGUUUUCAGUGCUUAUUCUUCAAGGAUGUUUUUCUCUGGACAGGUCAGUCCUUCAGAGAUCACCCUUGGUACACUUAUUUAUCAAUGAAGAAUGUGACAUUCCUUUCACUUUCCUUGUUGAACUUGUCACAACAGUAGCAAGUGACUCACAUUUAUGUAUGAAGAUUUUUAAGCCAGUGCUGUUGAGCUUAAAUCAAGAAAUGCAAAAUUGUCAUCUUGCAGCUGAAGGAUUUAAAGCUCCCCUGUUGGCACUGUCAAAACUGUGCGAUAUCCGCCUGGGAACAACUUCAGUGAGACCUAUUUGUAACUUGAUGGUUGCGUUAUCCAACAUGUGGAUCCCAUCACCCUUAUCAAAAGCUGAAGGAAAAGAAAUUGAGAGACUGUCUCUCAUUGGACCAUUUCUCAGUCUGUCAGUAUUUUCUGAAGAAUGUCCGCAGAUUGUUGAUCGUUACUUUUCCGAGUCAUCAGAAAAUGUUAAGCUGGUGAAUGUGACUUUGAGAAGUGCCCUUCGCAUUGUUAGGACAGAGGUAUUCAAGAUAAUUCAUAGUAUGCUUGUGUCUACGGAGAGUCGGGAUGCUUGUUUACAAUUCAUUGCUUCAGUCUUAGCAAGAAAUUACCGCAAGGCACAGCUACAGGUUGAUGAUAGACAAGUUGCUUCCGAUGGAUUUAUGUUAAACUUCAUGACUGUAUUGCAACAACUGUGUGCAAAGGUUAAAAUUGAGAAGGUUGAUAGUUUGUAUCUCCAUCAUCCCAAAUCAAGAGUGAACAUCUCACAAGAGUCCAGGUUGAAACUUACUUCACAGCAAGUUAAAGAAUGGAAACAGGAACUAGAUAGUAAAAAUGCGUGGUUGGAACCAAAAUUUCCCACUGAGUGUUUCUUUAUGGCCAUUCAAGCCCAUCAUUUAGCAAUUUUACCGGCUUGUAGAAGACAUUCUCGACGACAAAAAGCUCACCGGGAGUUAACACGCAUGAUUGAACAUCUGGAAUCCCAUGAAAGCGAGUGGAUAGAUACUCCGAUGGCCUCUAGAAACAAGGGUCUGUUAAAGAAAUGGAGAGAGCAGAUCAAGAAACUAGAAAAUGGUAAGGCUUGCUCGGAUGUCGUUUUACUUGAUGAUGAACUUCUGCGUGGCUGUUUAAAGUUCUAUGGGUUUUUGGCUACAUGGAUCUUGAGACUAGUGGAUCCUAACAAAAAAGGGAUCAGUAUCCCUUUGCCAGAAAAGAUUGCCAUGGAGCUUGCGUCCCUUCCGGACUAUUUUGUCGGUGAUGUGGCUGAGUUUUUGCUCUUUGUCAACAUGCAUGCACACCACGUGCUGGAGGAUCCUGCCAUGAAUGACAUUGUCACCUUUUUUGUUGUAUUUGUUUGUUCACCAAACUACAUAUCAAAUCCUUAUCUUGUGGCGAAAAUUGUCGAGGUAUUGUUUGUGAUGAAUCCCAGCAUUCAACCAGCAGCCUCAAAGAUCCAUGAGAUGAUUGUCUCUCAUCCAUUGGCGUUGGACCAUUUAGCCCCAGCACUUAUGAAUUUUUAUACAGAUGUAGAAACGACUGGCAGCUCAAAUGAGUUUUAUGAUAAGUUUAGUAUAAGAUAUCACAUUUCCAUAAUCAUGAAAAGUUUAUGGCAAGAUGUGGGCCACAGGGGAGCCAUCAUGAAGCAAAGCAGGACGGUUCAGUUUGUUCGCUUUGUAAACAUGUUGAUUAAUGACACAACAUUUCUGCUGGAUGAAUCCUUGGAUUCAUUAAAAAGCAUCAAUGAAACUCAGCAGAUGAUGGCCAAUGUAGCAGACUGGGAGGCAUUACCAAGGGACAUGCGUACCUCUCGUCUUCGACAACUUUCCACUGACGAGCGGCAGUGCCGGUCUUAUCUUACCCUUGCCUCGGAGACAUUAGAUAUGAUGCUUUACCUCACUAAACAUGUACAGGCGCCUUUUCUUAGGCCGGAAUUGAUUGAUCGAAUAGCUGCUAUGUUGAAUUUUAACCUACAACAACUUUGUGGACCGAAGUGCAGGAAUUUAAAGGUUAAAAACCCAGAAAAAUAUGGAUUUGAACCCAAGACUCUUCUGGAUAGAUUAACACAGAUUUAUGUGAAUCUAGACUCGGAAGAAUUUGCAAAAGCUGUUGCUGGUGACCAGCGAUCAUAUAGGAGAGAAUUAUUUUCCGACGCCGCGAAACAUCUUCACAAAACCUUGCUGAAGACAGAGGCAGAGAUUUACCGGUUUAAAGAAUUUGCCUCAAAGGUAGAAAUCAAAGCUGCCGAAAACGCUGCUCGCAAUGAGGACUAUGAUGAUGCACCGGAUGAGUUUAAAGAUCCUCUCAUGAUGACGCUCAUGCUUGAGCCUGUGAUCCUACCAACUAGUGGUAAAAUUAUGGAUAGGGCAGUUAUCACGCGCCAUUUAUUAAACUCUGACACGGAUCCUUUUAAUCGACAACCACUUACAACUGACAUGCUACAGCCAGCGACUGAACUCAGGAUACAGAUAGAGGAGUGGCUACAAAACCGCCAAAGAGAGGAUUAAUCAUGAGAGCAAACAGUGACCUCUACCAAUUUGCUUUUCCACGUUACCAAAGCGUGGAGGAUCUCUUUGCUCAUCAAGCAAGGAAAAGUGCUUCAUUGAUUAUGCUCACGGGUGUUAUUUUUUUUUUUUGCCAUGUUUUGGGAAAUAAAGGUCGAUCAUCUUC